AUGGAACUGGCUACCUUGAACCUCAGCGCGGGGAACGGGAGCAAUCCAGAGCCUCCCGCUGAGGAGUUCAGGCCGCUGUUCGGCAUCAGCGUGGAGAACUUCAUCACGUUGGUGGUGUUUGGCCUGAUUUUCGCGAUGGGCGUGCUGGGCAACAGCCUGGUGAUCACUGUGCUGGCGCGCAGCAAACCUGGCAAGCCGCGCAGCACCACCAACCUGUUCAUUCUCAACCUGAGCAUCGCAGACCUGGCCUACCUGCUCUUUUGCAUCCCCUUCCAGGCCACCGUGUACGCACUGCCCACCUGGGUGCUGGGCGCCUUCAUCUGCAAGUUUAUACACUACUUCUUCACCGUCUCCAUGCUCGUGAGCAUCUUCACAUUGGCCGCGAUGUCUGUGGACCGCUACGUGGCCAUUGUGCACUCGCGGCGCUCCUCCUCUCUCAGGGUGUCCCGCAAUGCGCUGCUGGGCGUGGGCUUCAUCUGGGCGCUGUCCAUUGCCAUGGCCUCGCCAGUGGCCUACCACCAGCGCCUCUACCAUGGGGACGGCAACGAAACCUUCUGCUGGGAGCUUUGGCCCAACCAACUCCACAAGAAGGCUUAUGUGGUGUGCACUUUCAUCUUUGGCUACCUUCUGCCUUUACUGCUGAUCUGCUUUUGCUAUGCCAAGGUUCUUAAUCAUCUGCAUAAAAAGUUGAAGAACAUGUCAAAAAAGUCAGAAGCAUCCAAGAAAAAGACUGCGCAGACGGUCCUGGUGGUGGUUGUGGUUUUUGGCAUAUCCUGGCUGCCCCAUCAUGUCGUCCACCUCUGGGCUGAGUUCGGGGCGUUCCCGCUGACCCAAGCUUCCUUCUUCUUAAGGAUCACUGCCCACUGCCUGGCAUACAGCAACUCCUCGGUGAACCCCAUCAUAUAUGCCUUUCUCUCAGAAAACUUCCGGAAGGCAUACAAGCAAGUGUUCAAGUGCCACAUUUGCAACGAAUCAGUCCCCAGUGACACUAAAGAAAACAAGAGCCGAAUAGACACCCCGCCAUCCACCAACUGCACCCAUGUGUGA